CAGCCAUGGCAGCCUCCAUCAAGAAGUUUGUGUGUUUAUCUAACGCAAAAUACUUUUUAAGUAAAAAUGCAGCCUCUACAUCUGUUGCAAAUAACCAAGCAAAUACCAGGCAGUACUCCUCGAGUCAAAGUUUGCCUGUGCAACAAUUUGAUGUUGUGGUUGUCGGAGGUGGAAUUGUUGGACUUGGCACCGCACAGGAGCUGAUUGAGCGUCGCCUUGGUGACAGCAAACUGAAAUUUGCCGUCCUAGAGAAAGAAAGUGAUGUCGCUGUGCAUCAGAGCGGUCGUAACAGUGGCGUCAUCCACGCUGGUAUCUAUUACACACCGGGCUCCUUGAAGGCAAAGCUGUGCGUGGAGGGCAUGAAGCUGAUGUAUGAUUACUGUGAUAAGCACAGCAUCCCCUACAAGAAACCAGGCAAGCUGAUUGUCGCAGUAGAACCACAUGAGAUUCCUCGAUUAGAUGCACUGUGGGAUAGGGCCUUGCAAAAUGGCUGUCAGGACUUGGAGAUGGUCCCUGGGGAUAGAAUACAGGAAUUUGAACCAAACUGUAAAGGUCUGAAAGCGCUUUGGUCUCCACACACCGGCAUCAUUGACUUUGGGAAUGUUGCGAGAGCAUACGCAAAGAACUUCCAGAGCAGGGGUGGCACUCUCAUCAACAAGUUUGAGGUAGAAAAGCUCACUACAGGAGCAGAGGGAACGCCAGGAAAUGACGGGAAUUCUCAUCCGGUGACGAUUAUUGGCAAAGAUGGCCAGACAUCACAGUGUAAGUAUUUGUCACAUGCGUUGAGUUUUACGUUCUGCUUAUUUCUGCUGACUCAGCUGUAUGACAACGCAAAGCAUUUCGCUGCCGCAGCGCUGAAGCGUGAGGACUGCAUCAGGGGUCCCGCGGGAGUGCGUGCGCAGGCGCUGGCACCAGAUGGCUCUCUCGUAGACGACUUUGUCUUCGACACGGGAACAGGGGUGCUUAGCGACCGAGUGCUGCACGUGCGAAAUGCUCCCUCCCCCGGCGCGACCUCGUCCCUUGCCAUCGCGAAGAUGGUCGUCGACAAGAUGCAGGACUUGUUCAAACUGUAACCUGGAUUCACCUGAUCAUGAUACGCGACGACAAUCUGAAUAAUGGUGGUUAGGUAAUAAGCUCAUUUCGCAUUUCGACUCCUGAUGCUCGGUAACCGUGUUUCAUAGCUGGGUCCUGGCAGAUGGCCACCAAGGGAAUGCCUGUUACUGUGUAUUAAUGCAGCGAGAUGACUGUUAAUGUGGGAAAAGUGAAUGUUUUUCACAUUCACCUAAUAUUUAAAUUUGUUUGGUGAACACCAUGUUAUAUUUAUUAUCGGAAAUUCAAACGGUUUGUACACGGCUGAAUGAUGGUGAAGCUAGUACUGUGAAGUUCAAAUAGAAAUAAUUGUCAUACUUGGUACCAUGUAUAGGUACUUGGUAUAUAGUACUGGGUAAAAUGGUCCCACCAUGCACUUCACUUUCUGAAAUGCGAAAUUGGCUUAUUCCUUAAAAUCUGUUGUUCCUUAAUACAAUGGUCGAAAUAUUCCUGAAUAAACUCUUGCUUUAUAAACAUGCUGAUAUUCCUGAAUAGUGUUGUUCCAAAACCUGCUGAUAUUCCUGAAUACCAUGUUGUUCAAAAACGCGCUGAUAUUCCUGGAUAGUGUUAUUCCAAAACAUGCUGAUAUUCCUGAAUACAGUGUUGUUCCAAAACCUGCUGAUAUUCCUGAGUACAGUAUUCCCAAGCAUUUUGGUAUUUCUGAAGUGUUCUCAAACAUGUUGUUAUUACUGAAUACAGUAUUGGCAAACAUGCUGCAAUUUCUGAUACUGAUGUUGUUUCGAAAUGGAAUGAGUGUCCUGAGCAUAAUCUAGUUUUUUCUAUGCAAUAAAUAUAACGUAGAUUCUCCCACCAUUCAAUACUAAGGUCCGGUAAAACCUGUAUUGAUAUGUACUUUUUUAGCAAGCACGUAGCCAGUUUUAAUCACCGUUGUUUCAGACAUAGGAAAUUGUUCAUUCCUACGUAAUCAAGUAUUUAUGUUUUAACACAAGAUACAACUGUUCGUGAACGUGAAACAUGUUUUACUGCAAUAUUAAACAGAAUAUGGCUAAACCGAUCAAGAUUUCGUUUUAGUAAGAGGUUGCAUGUCUGCAUAGAUAGUUUUGUAUGUGUGUAUUUGUAUUUGAAUUCAAUUGAGAGAAAAACGUUGGCAUAGAUAAUGUAGUUAUUCUUUUGAACACAAAAAUUCUUUUAAAGAAUCAUGGGUUUAUCUAGAGAAGUCAUUUAUAGAACUAUGUGUUGCUAAAUACAUACAAAAGUUGUGACCAAUUUGGCACAAUUCAAACUGAAAAUAACGGUUGUACCAUAACGUAGCUCUGCAAACCGAUUAUACAUUGUACGACCACCCACCAUGUAUGAUUAAAUAGACGUUAAAUUUUGCAGCCACAUCAUGCUAACCUCAACGCUGUUAGUGACGAUAGGUUCAGGUAAUUUUAACCCCAGGUGUGUUGUCCAUUGUGCUGAUGUAAGUGCAGCUCUAACCAACGUUGAAUUCGCAAGAUCUCAAGUCAUUACAUGACAGUUUAGAAAUCAUGGCAGUAUAAUCACAUGCAAUGUGUUUAUUUUCAAGUGUGUUAAGGCUUAAUAGUUUAUCAUGUUAGCUGUUACAAUAAAUAGAAAAGCAUUUCAAAAAUUCAUUUCUACUGAAUAAAAGCUUUUAUUUUGAACA